GUAUUUUUUAACAAGCAUGCUGAGAUAAUGGGGAUAUAAGAAAACUUUAAAGUUAUUUUAAAUGAACUGCACCUUUUACAGUACAUGAUACAGAAAAGUUUCAGGAAUGCUGCAUCUCUGGAGAGUUCAAAAUAUGCAUGAUUUGCAUGAGUGAUUUUUUAAAAUGUGUGCCUUUACUGCUCUGCAAGAGAAUGUUGAUACAUUUUUAUGCAUCAUCCAAGUUUGCCUAGUAAUGCUGUAUCAUAUUUUAUUAGCUUGCUUUUUAAUCUUUCAGUUCAUCUAAUAUUGUUUUAUUUUAAAUUUCUGUGGCCUCUCAUUAGUGGAUAAAGGUAAGCUGCCAGAAGCCACUGUUGAAAAGUUGACAGUUGUUAAAGCAUUACACCUUCAACUGCAACUAGUCCUCAUUAGAUUUUCUAAUCUGUAAAUAUUGACUUUUAUGUUUGAACACAAACAUAAUAGAAUAUUCUGUUAACUUUGUAUUUCUAAAAGUGAUGAACAUUUAGUCUUUGGUUGGCUAAUUCUGCUGAAUGAUGUAAAUGGAGUUGUCUCAACAGAGCGUUGUAUACUGUAGAUUUGUAUAACUGCUUGGGAUUUCUGAUUUAGUCUACAUGGCAGGAAGAAAGGAAUGUAUUUUUAUUUCCUGUGAGGUCAGAAGAAAAGUGGUACUUCAGUAGUCUAGACUAAAAAAAUGUUAUGAUCUGAUAGUAUUUGCAAAAGACAGAAUUAAAUGAUAAGAUAUGGCUAUAUGGCUACAGUUUAAGAUUAUCAUCUGAUGUAUUUUAUACAAAGGAAUUAUGUCACUCGCGCAUAGUAACAUAGUUGGUCAUCUCUUAGGUCUCUUCUUUCUCUUACUAUGAUCCUGCAGGAAUUUAACAAUACAGGUUUCAUAAUCAUUGUAUUUUAGCCAUUAAUUAACGUCCAUUCAGAUGAAAGUCAGAUUAAAGGAAUCAAGUCUUUUAGAUAAUUAACCACAUUAAUAAAAUAAAGGUGAUCCAUUUGAAAGCACUAAUUUUAUGGGGAUGCAAUCUCUCUCUGUCUGAAAGUGAGAGUUUUGAUCAGAAAGGGGGUGCUGACUAGGGCCCUAAUUAUUCUGGAUCAUAUUACAACCAAUCCAAAACAAAGGAUUAUGCUCUAUUAGUUUGGUCAUGGAAGGGGUUGUACAGAUCUCAGAUUUUCACAGCUUUAAUUAUUUUUGUCAUAACCUUAGUUAUUUGAAUGCAAGUUUUUAAUUAUCUGUUAAUUACCAAUGUUUUCCUCCAGCGUUUGAGACUCUUUUCCUUCAUAGAAUAUUAAAAUUUUGUUUAAUUUGAAACCAUUCUUGUUUUCAUGCAAAUAUUCCAGAAGUAAUUUUUCUUUAGGCAGCCCUCCUACUCACCCACUGCCAGAGUCUUCCAUGUCACUGUGAAGCCUGACAAGAUUCCUAUAUUUCUACCUCUUUACAGUUCUAUUGUCAUAUUGUACGCAACAUCUGCACUAUAAUAUAAGCAUGUGAUUCCCCUGCUUGCAGACACAUGCUUGUGCCAGCACAAAUAUAAACAGCAGCAUUACCGUGGUAGCACAGGCAGUUGCAGAACAGGCACGGCUUAGCUGUGUGAAGUGCAAACUCUCCUGAACCCCACAGGUGCACAGGAUAGCUUAGCCAUAUCUCUGCUGCUGCUACAUAUGCAACCACAGCUUCACUGCUAUUUACACCUGCACGUGCUCAGUGACAGCAAGCUGAAAGAAAGUCUGUGUGUGAGAGCAGGAUAAUCACAUCAUUCUUUUAGCGAAGGAGCACUGGAAAGAACUCUUCCAGGAAAGAGCAAUCCUUCAGUUGGCUCAAAAACUUGUUUUGUAGCUGCAAGUGUUUUCUACUCAAGGUGGAACAUUCUUCAGCCCUACUUAUUAUUCCAGGGGGCUUUAUGGCUAUUGGCAUCCUAAUCAGAAACAAAUAUUUUGAGCAUCAGUAAGAUGACUGCACCUUCAUUUAAAAAAUCAACAACAAAGUACAUCUUCCCUUACUCUAACAUGCAGAUGGAACAAACUCUCCAAUUUCAAGUUUCCUUUGCCCAGUACUGUUUAAACUCACUCCAGAGAUACAUUAUUCCCUUAAAGGCUGCUUAGCAUUGCAUAAAUUAUUCGUUGGCUAUGAACAGAAGGUACACAAAACCUUAUAGGAGACAAUACUGAAAUUUCAUAUGGAAAUGUCCUUAUUAAUCUCCAUUGCUUAGAGGUUGGCUUAUGCCCUGAAGUACAAGAGAAUAUUUGUAGUAGGUUUAUAUAUGUGAAUGACAUCUACAGUUCUUCUAAAUCUAGUAAACUCAGUCUCAGUGAUAUCUUGCAGCAAAGAUUUCCCGCCAAUUAUGUGCUAUGUACAAAUGUAUUUUCUUUUAUCAAUGUGUUGCCUUUUAAUUUCAUUGACUGUUCCCUUGUUAUUGUAUAGCAAGAAAGGGUAAAAAAGGAAUUCCCUUCCUUUUGAUAUCAUUCAUUAUACUGUAUAUCUCUAUCCUGUCCCCUCUCUAGUAUCCUCUCUAAACUAGAGUCCUAAUCUUUUCAAUUUCUCCAUAUGGAAGUCUCUCGCAUCACUUUCGUUGCCUGUCUCCGAACCCCUUCUAUUUCUGCUUGUAUUGACAUAUUUUACUCUGUUCUCCAUAAUAGUGUAUGGGUGCCCCAUCUAAUGUAAACAACGAGAGUUGUUCUCCUACAAAGAAAUUUAAUCCAAAGUAUUAACUAAUGACAAAUACAAUUUGUCUACAAUUCAUUCCACUUUCAAACUCCAAGGAUGUUAAAAUGCCCUUUUUCAUAGCCCAUUUAUAUAUCAUAAGUGCCCAAAUUGCUUAUUUUUAAUGUAAAAAAACACAUUGCAUAGCCACAGAAUCUAAGUUUUAUAACUCACUAAUUUUUUGUAGUCAAAGUAUGAACCCUGAUAAACUGGGCUAUGCCAAGAUGUUUAUGCUUAAAGUGGUUUGAAAAAUAUAUGCCCAAUCCACAGCUAGCAUGGAGAGAUUCACCUCUUAAGAAUAGAAGAAAAAUGUUUGUGUUCAAAAAUCAGUCAAGGAUUUAGCAUUUAAAAUGGGCUUACCUUCAGAAUUGAUUUACAAUUCAUUCCCUUUCUAUUUCCAAGCUUCAGUACGGAAGAAGAAGGAUAAAGUGGAUGAAAUUGUACCGGUUUCCAAGCCAUCCAGAAUUGCAGACAAUGUAACUAUGGACUCAAGAGUGGCAACGAUUAAACCGCGGCCUUCUAGUAGAUGCUUUCCUUCAGCUACAGAUAUGAAUUCUAUGUAUGAUAGACAGGGUAUUGCUGUGAUGCCACCUACUGUACCUGGGACUCCUCAAGGUCCUUUUCUAGGUAUACCUCGGGGUACAAUGAGAAGACAAAAAUCUAUAGGAAUAACAGAGGAAGAACGUCAAUUUUUGGCUCCUCCUAUGUUGAAAUUUACCAGAAGUCUAUCCAUGCCAGACACUUCUGAAGAUAUUCCUCCUCCACCACAGUCUCUACCCCCAUCACCACCUCCACCUUCUCCCUCCCUUUAUAACUCUCCCAAAUCUCCAACAUCAAGAAGCUAUGGAACGAUUAAACCUGCAUUUAAUCAGAAUUCAGGUUCAAAGCUUUCUUCAGGUAGAUCUGAAAAUAUGGGAACAAUAAUGAGGGACAAAGGGAUGUAUUACAGAAGGGAACUGGAUCGUUAUUCUCUAGAUUCUGAGGAUUUGUAUAGUAGGAAUGCAGCAUUGCAGGGAAACUUCAGAAACAAGAGGGGCCAUAUGCCAGAAAACCCAUAUUCUGAAGUUGGGAAGAUAGCAAGCAAAGCAGUUUAUGUGCCUGCCAAACCAGCAAGGCGGAAGGGAAUGUUAGUGAAACAAUCUAAUGUUGAGGAUAGUCCAGAAAAGAUCUGUUCUAUUCCAAUUCCAACAAUUAUUGUGAAAGAACCAUCUACCAGCAGUAGUGGAAAAAGCAGCCAAGGAAGCAGUAUGGAGAUUGACCCUCAGUCUUCAGAGCAGCCUGGACAACUCAGACCUGAUGAUAAUUUAAAUGUCAGCAGUCCAUUUGCAGCAGCCAUUGCUGGAGCAGUGAGGGACAGGGAAAAGAGAUUAGAAGCCAGGCGCAAUUCUCCAGCUUUCCUUUCUACAGACUUGGGAGAUGAGGAUGUUGGGCUGAUGCCCCCAACACCACGUUUGAGGCAGUCUAAAUUUACUGAUGAGGGCAUGUUUAGUAAUGAAGAUAGUUUUAGGCAACUUAUGUCACCCUCUCCAAUUCCGGCACCUAGAGAAUCUGAAAAUCUUUUUAAUAAUAGUGAACCAAGCAGUGAAAGUGAUGCAAGGACAUUAAACUCUUCAUCCACAAAAAAAGUUACUGAAAACAAUAUGGUGGCAACUCAGACCAUUGUGUCCAGUCCAGAUAAUUAUGUUCACCCGCUCACAGGAAAGAUAUUAGAUCCAAACUCACCUCUAGCACUUGCACUUUCUGCAAGAGAUAGAGCCAUGAAAGAACAAACGCAACAGAUCCCAGGCAAAGGAGAAAUUGGUAAAGCAGACCUUAAUAAACCACUUUACAUCGAUACAAAGCUAAGAUCUAAUAUCGAAACUACAUUUCCUGUGACGGCUGUUACCAGGCAAAAUACACGUGGCCCACUGAGAAGGCAGGAGACUGAAAACAAAUAUGAAACAGAUAUGGGGAAAGAGAAGAAGCAUGAAGAAAAGAAAAACAUGCUAAUAAAUAUUGUGGAUACUUCACAGCAAAAGUCAGCUGGCUUGCUAAUGGUUCAUACUGUGGAUGCAGGAAAGUCUGAAGACACCCUUGAAGAUGAUGAGAAGAGAGUUGAAAUGGAAAUGAUCCCAGACAAUUCUCCAUCGGAGAUGCCAGAAGAUAGUGAAGAAGCAGAAAGUGGGUUGAAUGUAUCUGCUACACCUGAGCCACCUGCAUCUCCCUGCAAAACUAUUGUAGCAGCUAGCUCUGUUGAUGACCCUGUCAUAUUGCCAUUUCGCAUCCCUCCACCCCCUCUAGCAUCUGUUGAUAUUGAUGAAGAAUUUAUUUUUACUGAGCCAUUACCUCCUCCCUUAGAAUUUGCUAACAGUUUUGAUAUCCCCGAUGACCGUUCUGCUCCGGGUUCUGCUCUAACGGACUUACUUAAGCAAAGAAAAAAUGGAACACCUACAUCUGCUUCAUUUAAUUCUAACCAAUCAACAAAUUCUUUAGACAGUAAAAAACAAGUGGGUCUUUCAAACUGUUUGCCUGCCUCAUUUUUGCCACCCCCUGAAAGCUUUGAUCAUGUCACUGACUCUGGGAUUGAGGAGGUAGACAGUCGAUCUAGCAGUGACCAUCACUUAGAGACAACCAGCACUAUCUCAACAGUGUCCAGCAUCUCUACCUUAUCCUCUGAAGGUGGUGAGAAUUUGGAUACUUGUACAGUCUAUGCAGAUGGGCAAACAUUUCUGGUGGACAAACCCCCAGUACCUCCAAAGCCAAAAAUGAAGCCCAUAAUCAACAAAAGCAAUGCACUUUAUAAAGAUGCUCUAAUUGAAGAAACUGUAGAUAGCUUUCUUAUCCCUCCACCUGCUCCACCCCCACCUCCGAUCAGUGCACAGCCUAAUACGGCUAAAGUUGUACAGCAAAGGACCUCCAAACUAUGGGGUGAUGUAACUGAGGUAAAAAGCCCAAUUCUCUCAGGCCCAAAGGCUAAUGUUAUUAGUGAAUUGAACUCAAUACUACAACAAAUGAACAGAGAAAAAUCCUCAAAGCCUGGAGAAGGGUUGGAAUCACCUACUGGAACAAAAACUGCAAGUCUCAGUACAAGGAGCACAGAAGUCAUGAGUACUGUCUCAGGUACACGAAGUACAACUAUCACUUUUACGGUCCGGCCUGGAACAAGCCAGCCCAUCACAUUGCAGAGCAGGUCUCCAGACUAUGACAGUAGGACAACAGGAGUAAGACAUGCUCCGAGCCCUGUGGUUUCACCAACAGAAAUUAACAAAGACAUCAUGCCUGUUCCUCUGACUGCUGCUGCUUCAGCUUCAUCUCCUUCUCCAACUCUGUCAGAUGUAUUUAGCCUACCUAGCCAGCCUCCUUCUGGAGACUUAUUUGGCUUGAACACGGGACGCAGCCGGUCUCCUUCUCCAUCAAUAUUGCAACAGCCAAUCUCAAAUAAGCCUUUUACAACUAAGCCUGUCCACCUGUGGACUAAACCAGAUGUGGCAGAUUGGCUGGAAAGUCUAAACUUAGGUGAACAUAAAGAGACCUUCAUGGACAAUGAAAUAGAUGGCACCCAUUUACCAAACCUUCAGAAGGAAGACUUGAUAGACCUUGGAGUGACUAGAGUUGGGCACAGAAUGAACAUAGAAAGAGCUUUGAAACAGCUCCUGGACAGAUAAAAAUGGCUACUCUUGCCUCUCAAACUUCUGUUAUAAAUAGAGAUGGGCUGGUACUGAAAUAUUCCAAAUGUCUUGGCUGUCUGUGAGUGUCAGCAAAAGAAGACAAGGUUUAAUUUAGUAGCUGGCACUCAGUUUUGCAGACUAUAUGUUUAGUGCCCAAGCUUAAAUUUCAGUAAAUGACAUUAAUGGAGCUAGUUUAUUUCAAAGAUAGGGGUGAUGGUGAGUGUGGGGGUAGAGACAGAGAAGAGAGAUCAUUGUUAACUUUGAAAUAUUACCUAUCCAUGAAUGAGGACCUUCGGGUGGACCAAAAUAUGUCAUUUUUCUUCUGGUUUAAAACCGCAAGUACUUUAUUUCUGAGCACCCUAUUUUGUAUACACCUGUCCUCUACCAUUUGGGGCUGUCAAUUCCUGACACUCUUAUCAUGGAAUCUCAGUAUUUUUUCCUUUUCUAGCUUUUUUUUUUUUAAUAUAGAUGCUCAGAUGCUUUACCGUUAUUACCAGGUGUUGGUGAAUAGCAGAUGCACAACUUCACUCCCUCUUUCACAAUGUCACUUUGAUCUAGUGUAGAUAUUUGGUUUGUUAGCAUUGAAGCAGCCAACAAACCUGUGUAUCCCCAGGACUUGUUUAAAUGUAACUGUUCUGCUUUACUUAGGCAUUUCUUUAUUUCUGCAUUUAUAUUUAGCACACUUCCAAGUUAGCAGAACAGGUUUAAAACAUUCUGUACUGACCUGAUAUGUAGAAUGUGGAAACUAUAUAUAAACUGGAAGAUAAUUAUCACUGAUGCAACAAAAUGAGGCUAGUUAGAACCAGACACCCCCAUUUUGCAGAUAAACUGCUAAUGAGGCCCAACACAUAUUAUAUGAACAGAUGAAAAUGUGGUUGUGAAUUGUGUUGGAUAUACUAUGCCCUUGUGUGUCUUUUAGACUUUUAUAGUCAGAUCCUCCCCCCACAGAUCUUGCUUUAUUCGUUAAGUUGCAAGUGUUCAACAACUCUAAAAACAACAACAACAUGGGAUUUAAAACAGGAAAUUGCUUCCAUGGAUAUUGGUAGGAUUGUUGCUAUUAACUUCAUUGGGAAUGGGACAGGGGCUCGCUAGAAAUAAAAAUGUCUCAGCAGGUAAAUAUUUUUUGAACAGUAGGGAGGGAACGUGCAAGUGUUUCAGUGGGCCAGGAUAACAGAGGGAUCCAGAUUAUAGACUUGGUUCCUCCUUUCCUGGCUAGGUCUGUUGGUGGAAGUAUUAACACCCCCUCAGCAGAAGCUGGAGACGUCCCAUCACUCUCUAGUGACUUCUUUAUUCAGAAAUUAGUAGCAGGAUCCAGAGAGAGAUCAGCAUUAGAAGCGAUGGGCCAAUUUGGGGUUGACUGGUUCUGCACUCUGAGUGUGUCCUAGGGAUACACAGCUUUGGCUUUUAAAAAAAGUUAACAAUUUUCUCUCUGUGUCUGACCCCUUUUGUCAGUAACACCUCUAUUAAUUUCUGUAGGAGUUUUGUGGGUCUUACUUUCUGAAUAUAAUAUUCAACCUAUUCCAGGCACGCAUAUGUUGUAUUGACAGCCAGAGACUCACCCUACUGUACCAUCGGGUUCUCCCACCUUUUGGAAGAUUCCUGACGUUUUCACCCUUGCUAUUGGUCCAGCCGAUCUCUAAUUAUAAUUUUUUUUGGUCACAAUCAAGUGUCUAAUUAGGUCUGAACAGCCCUAGAACAAGUACAUAAAGUUUAGCAAUUUAAAUACCUUUCUUUACUGCAAGUUUAAAUAGUUGUACAGAUAGUUUAUAAGCACAAUAUUUUAAGAAAAUAAGUGGCUGGUCUACUGGGCAGCCUUUGUGCCACUUCAGUGCUAGAAUGUUAAAAACUAAAGAAAAAAAACUAAACAAAAAAAACUUUUGUGGUUUAAUACUAUUUCUGUGGAAUAAUAAGUCUUGACCUUUUUAAAUCAACCUCAUUUGGAUGCAUCUGAACCAGCAGAGCUGUGUUAUAUUUUCUAUUUUUCCUAGAACUUCUUCAAAGGAGGAUGAAUACUUCUUCAAAAGUGGUUACACAAUUAACACUGCAUUAGUAAAGCAACUAUUCAACCUCCUGCCCCCUUUAUGGAACAACAAGUCUUUUGACUUAACAUCUGUUACUACACCCUUUGCAGGUCUAUAUUUGUAUUUGAAAGUUCCAAGUAACCUUGUAAUAAAAAUCAAGUAUUGAGGCAUUUUACUUUCAAGAGUACUGAGUUUUUCCAUAGUUACAUGGCUAUUGUUGUAGAGAAUGACAUUUUCAUUCAGAUAUUCAAUAAUGGCACCUUAAGGUCAUUAAAUACUUUAAAAAGUGUAAAAAUGGUAAUUCAGCCAUCAUUGUCUUCCAUUUGGUGAUAUUACAGAAUUCAGUAAAUAAACCACUAACACCAUGCUCCUUUUUGUUUCUUUGACAACAGUUGGUAUUACCUCUAUACUAUGUGCCAGAAAAUGUUAGAUAAUACGGUAGACAAAGAAAAUGUAGAAGAUUACUUUUAAACUGCUUUUUAAUCACAACCUUAUUGUUGAACUUAGGUUUAAUGAGUGCUGACAUACACAAGUAAAUUACAGCUGAUGGUAAUCCCUUUCUUAAACAAGUGUUUCUUGCUUAUGUAUCCUUUCAGGCACUUAAAGAAUAGGUACAGUAUAAUAGUAGAACAGAGAUUAAAAACACUGAAGAGCUAAUGAAAUAGUUUAUUUUUACAUUGUGUCUUAUGAUCUAGAGGGCCUGAAGGGACCUUCUUUUACCAAUAAAAUACACCUUUGCCAAGAUGAAUUGGUCUCUAGCUCUAUUUGAUGACUUUGCUACAGAAAGCAAUAGUAACAGAUAUGCCUAGUAUUUUCAUCAGUUUUGGAAGCAUUGGGGUGGGGACAAGGCCCUGUUAUUUCAUGCUACUAUGACAGUGGAGAACAAAGUGUUUGAGAUAUAUGAAACAUGCUACUAUAUUCCAGGUUUUAGGAUCAACUUUUGUUUAUAUACUGUAAUUUAAAUAAAUUGCAUUUACAUGCCUAGUUUCUGUAAUAUUUGUGUAUACAAUACCAAAAUCACACAAGAUGUAAAUUGUGUAUAACUGAAGACUCCUUUUUCCCUGAGUGUCUGGGAACAUUUUAAGUUUAAUUCAUAUAUUAUAAAAUGACUAGAUGUGACUGUUGAUUUACAGAAUUUACAUAUCACAAACGCUAAUUAUUUGUGGUACUUAAUUUACUAAAAAAAAUGGUGAUUUUUCUGAGUUCUUAAACAAACAAGCAUUACCCAGUUGAUCUGGCAAUGAUUAUGUGUGUAAGCCACAAAUAUGGAUAAUUUUCCCAUUACAUUUUUUCUUUUCUAGAUAUUAAUGUUUUUCAAUAUAGUUUGUGUAACAACUUGUGUUCACGUUAUCUGUUGCUGUAAUUUUUGUGCUUUAAUUCCUCUUAUUUUGAAUUGAUUAAAAAUCAAGCUCUUGUAACUUGCACUUUCCCCGAUCCUUAAUACUCUUGUAUGGCAACCAAAAUUCCUGUAAGAAAUAAAUAUAAUAUUGCACUAAGGUUGUGGUUCUGAUUGCAAGCAGUGAAAGCUGUCUGAAUUUUUGUUAGAGGAAAAAGUUGCCAAACUUACAAUCUAAUGUAAACCUAUUGAAACAGCAUGAACUACUUUAGCUCCAUAUAACUAGAAAGAAAAUGUUUAUCAAAUGUUAAGAAAAAAAAAGUUUGCUUUAAUUUAUAUUUCUUCGUUAAAAAAUUUUUUAAUGCUGAAACCUAUUUCACUUUUGAAUUUCAGAAUCACAUAUAAGAUUUGAAGAAGGUUUUUUUAUUUUUUUGCUUGGAAGUGAUUGCAGCUGAUGGGUUUCUUUGGACUUUAAGUCAAUCUUGACUUUGGUGUUAUCAAAUAAGUGUAACUGAGUGUGCAAGAUGUUUGAAUUGUUGGACUGCUUAGCAAUCUCCUGAAAUCCUAACAGUUUUUGUAGGAGAGAGCAGCAUUACAAAGAGUGAAGAUCCUUAUCCAGAGUUCAGGCCUCUGAUGAUAAAGACUCUACUAGAUGGUACUUUGGAUAAAUUGGGCUUCACAUUUUUGAAUUAAGUAGAUGAUUUUUUUUUUUAGGUAUUGAAAUGAAUAUUUUAACCACAGUCAUUUUGUUUUAUAGCUAAUGUCUUUUUUUUCCCCUGGGUGUUUCUAUUUCUUCUAAUUUUUUGGAUUUGUUUUCUGUUUUUCCUACCUAUUUUUCUAAUAUCAAUAGCUUUGUUUUAUUUCAGGAAUUUUAAUAAUUCAAUUAACCGAAUAUCUUUAUUUGUAAGUAAACAGGUCAAUAAAUAAUUAAAUUAACAAAAAUAGUUGUUUGAUACACAUCUAUAGCAUGCUGUGAAAUUGUUAAUGCUAUGUGAGAAACAAGAUAGUUUUCUGACAGCAGAAUAUUUAAUAAUUUAUAUUAUCCACAUUAUAUUAGGGGUUUUUCCUCCUGUUCUUGUAACAUGUUUCUGCAUUUCACAGUCUUCACAGUUUUAUAUCCAAGACCACAACAAAACAUUGUUCAGUGCUACUUAUCUGGAACAGUAUGGUUAUAGUAAAUCCUUACUCUAUGAAGUUUCAAAACACACAAAAAGGAAAAAAAAAAAAAAGUAUGUGCCUUGGAUGUUUUGAAUUUGAUUUGCAUAAAACAAUGUUGUAUUCAAAUGAUGUACGUAGAUGAAAGGAACAUUUUAUCAUCGAUGUAUUGUCAUAGCCGAUAAAAAUAUAGUUAUAGUGCCUUGUUUUCUGAACUGAGAAGUCCAUAUCAAUGCAUGACUAAAAAUGGUAAGAAAAACUGAAAUGUUACAAUCGAGAGAUAUUCUUUGGCCCUCUUUUGAUCAUGAGACUGACUUAAUCACAGUCAUUUAAGUUAAACUAAAAUAAAGAAAAUUGAAAUAAGAUUGUGUUUGUUAAUUUUCAUUAACAUAUUUAUUUCUAUAACACUUAAAAUAGAAUUAUUUAUUGAAGUGUAAUGUAUUUUGAUUGCAAGGCAAUAGAUACAAUAAUUAGAACCAGUAAGCUUCUGCUUUUAUGUUAAUGUUUUAUGCUGACAUCUAGUGGUCUUUGAUAGCCAUGUUCUCAGAGCUGUAUUUUUAUGUAGGCAGAUAAUGUUUUUAAACAUUUAUUUCUUAUUUAAAGUAUGAUUAAUAUAUAUUCUUUCACCAGAAUUAAUUGAUCAAAAUGAAUUUGAUAUCUACAUGUUGGGCCAACUUUAUAAAUCAAAGAAUAAGGCUGCAUGUACUGUUACACUUUUUCAGUAAAUAAGCAGUAUUUAAGGUAUUGCAAUAUGUUUUUUCAGACUGCAUCCUUAUGCUGCUCUACAGCUUUAGUAGGCAUGUUUUUAUUAAGGUGACAACAAUGUAAAAUAGAUUUUGCCCCCAACACAGUAAAGUUUCAUUAAAAUAUUAAAGAUAAACCAGAUUUUUCAAAUUCAGAUGGCAAAUACCCCAAAGUUCAUGGUGUUUUGAGAGGGGGGACUAGUUCAGUACAUCAUAAAAGCUGGUGAUCAUUUCCCAAAAUGUGGAUGUGGAAUUUUGCUUGGAUUUUGAAUUCGUUUAUGUAGGCCUAAACCUAAAAAGCAUGUGCAACUGAUAUCUAAGUAAGUUUCCUGGUUAGGUUUAGAAGUUACAGUAAUGUGUGUGAAUGGGAGAACAUCAUUGUAUGUAUUAAAAUACACUGGCAUAAAUGCUGCAGCAUACAAUACUCCUAGUCCCCUCAAAGAUUCUACAAUAGCUAUUGUACAGAAAUCUCAUACUGUACUGAAUAACAUUAGUACUUUAAAGAAUUGUUUUUUUCAAUCAUGCCUUUCCGUAACUUCAAUUUGAAUCCAUUUUAAAAUUUCUUAUAUAGUAGUAAGAACUAGGGGGAGAUGAUAGAUAACAAAAGCUUGAAAUUUGGAACGUAAUAUUCUCUUCCCCUUGAACAAAGUUGUGAAACUUUUGUUUUGGUUUGAGACAUUAGUUCUCUUUAUAAGGAUGAACUGGAGGAAAAUUAUAGACUUGAUGUGACCACAUCAUAACUAUUUCCAAAUAAAUAUUGUUACUCUACAGAGAUGCGUGACAAGUCAAGGUAGCAGUCUCAGAUCUGUCACCAGAUGGUAACAGAACUGAUGAACCUUUCCUCUCACAUGAGCUAGAUGAGGUAGUUGACUUCCAUAUGCAAAGGCAACUAGUUAAGAUUUCUAAAUAGAUAAACUAGACAUAAAUGUAUUAAAUAUAUCUUGUUAAUAUAUAUAUUUUUUACCAUUUCUCUUGUAAGGCCACAUCUAUCCAUUAUCCAUUUUGUUCCAACAGAUUUCUUUCUCACACUGUAAUCAGCUACUGUUGCUCUAUGCAGGGAGAGGUGAAAUGGCUGAAUAGUCAAGAUUCCAAAAAUAUUGUGUCUCCUUUCAUUCAAAUUUAAUAUUUUAUCAACACAAUAAUACUUUGCACCUUUCCUCUUAGGAUUUCUGACCACUGUGGAAAUGUUGUAGGUGUUCUCUGCAGGUGCAAGGAUUGAAGCAAACAAAGAUGAACUGUUUUGCUCAGUAUUUUGCAAUAAGCACAGGGAUGUAAUUGGGGGAAUGGUGUCUUAGGUGGCCCUAUUCUGCGUCCAGUUCUGUUCAAUAUCUUCAUUAAUGAUUUAGAUAAUACCCAUCUGGGAGAAGGGGUGCAUGUAAUUUAGGGACUAUAAUUGAACAUUCAAAAUGAUCUGAUCAAAUGGCCUGAGGUAACUGUGACAAAAUUCCAUGGGAACAAAUACAAAGUGUUCCACUUGGGAAGGAACAACCAGCUACGUACAUACAAAAUGGAAAAUGACUCCCUAAGGGCAUUUCUUCACUUGUGGUGCCGGAGAUCAAUAUUCUGGCAUUUGAUUUAGUUGGUCUAGUACAGACCCAAAAAAUCAAACUCUGAGGACAGCUCCGGCUGGUGUCUGUCCUCCUCACAGUUGUGAGGGGUAAGGGAAGCUGAUGGGAGGGUUUGUUCCCGUUGGCCUCCCACAGUGGGGAUGGCGCCAAGUUCAGCUUAAGGUGAGCCAACUCCAGCUAUGUAUUCUACGUAGCUGGAGUUGCAUACCUUAAACUGACUUUCAAGGUCUAAUGUACACCUGGCCUAAGGCAGAGUACUGGAGAAAGGGAUCAGAGUGGAGUGGGGGAGGACAUAGAGGAACACAAGCUAAAUAUGAAAACAGAUCUCAUUCUGGGAUAUAUUAGCAGAAGUUUUGUAAGCAAUACACAAGAAGUAUUCCUUCCACUCUACUCCAUGCUGACUAGGCCUCAACUGGAGUAUUUUGUCUAGUGCUGGCUGCCAAGAACUAGACUUUUGCAGAAAAGAUGAGGGCAAACUGGAGAAAGUCCAAAGAGCUGCAACAAAAAUGGUUAAAUGUCUAGACAUAUGACAUAAUAUUGAAAAGAUUGGGUUUGUCUUCUCUUUGCUAGAUUAAACAUAGGGGAUAUGUGGCACUAUGUACCUCAAAGCAACACCCUGUAAUCCCCAUAUUCAUCCCUCUUGUAUAAUUAUGAUAUUGCAUACAAAGCAUGCCAUGUAAGAUAUAUGAAAAGUCAUGAUCUGCUACAACCCAUUGCUCUGUCCAAAUAUGUAUAUCAUUAGUGUGUAUGAAGCUGAGAUUUUCUUGCAUGGUUGUUACUGAAAUAUGUUUGUUUGAAAGACUAUUGCUAGUUCUCUAGUGUUGACAAGUGCGGUGCUCCAUACCCGUUAUGCAGCCAGGGAGUUGUAAACAAGGGAUUUAUAAUUCUGAAAGAGAAGUACACACAAAGGGGAACUGCUCAACCCUGUGACUCAGCAAAGCCCACUGGAAUGUGUCUGGGCUAGUGUUUCCCAGACUGAGGCUAUAAAGUAGGAGACAGUGACAUCAUGCUUUUGCCUUUCUCCUCCCCAACCUAUGCUGGAAACACGAAGAAUGCUGAGAAGACAAAGCCUUCAACUAAAGAGACUGAUUCCAGGCUUAAAAGCAGAAGCCUGGACAUUAGGGACUGAAACAUCUGGUGGAAUAAGAAAAAUGCUUGAUCCAAAUACUGCCUAACAUAAUAAAGUUUAAGAUUUAGACUCUGUGCUUAUCUUUUAAUUCCUUUGGUAACAAUCUUGGACCUUUUUAUGCCUACCACUUAUAAUCACUUAAAAUAUGUAAUAAAUUUGUUUUAUAUGUCACCUAAAACAGUGUGUCUUGGAUGAAGUGGUUGGAAAAAUCUCAGCUCAGUUUACAUGGGCAUGUGUGUGUCCUCACCCCAGGGAGGGGCAGAGUGGGUAAUAAACUUAAACUGCCAGUAGUCAGGCUGCUGAUCAAGACAGGACAGUUCUGGGCUGCAAGGCUGGGGAUGUAUGAGAAAAUUGGUUGGUGCCUUUCUGUAUGAUUCAGGAAGCAUUCAUACAAUCCAGAUGUACGAGGGGCUAUUGUGCUG